GCAGCGCUCCGUGGGCUUCGCCUCCCGAGCCGCUCUGGCAUCCACCUCCUCCUCCACCGGCACCGGGAUGGUCGUGGUGGCCGCCGGACCCGAGACCACCACCACCACGGCGGCCGGGACCCCUGAGGCCGGUCCGGGGCUGGACGGUGAGGAUUACAGCUACUCAAACCAGUCCACCUUCAUCCAGAGGCAGUUCGGAGCCAUGCUGCAGCCCGGCGUCAACAAGUUCUCCCUCCGCAUGUUGGGCAGCCACAAGGCCGUGGCUCUGGAGCAGGAGAGACUCAGAUCAGCUGGAGCCUGGAUCAUACACCCCUACAGCGACUUCAGGUUUUGCUGGGAUCUCCUCAUGCUGCUGCUGAUGGUGGGAAACCUCAUCAUCCUCCCGGUGGGAAUCACCUUCUUCAAGGACGAGAACACUCCUCCGUGGAUCAUCUUUAAUGUGGUGUCGGACACGCUCUUCCUGGUGGAUCUGGUGCUGAACUUCCGCACUGGGAUCGUGAAAGAGGACAGUACGGAGAUCCUGCUGGACCCCAAGGCCAUCCGCCAGCGCUACCUGAAGAGCUGGUUCCUCGUGGACUUCGUGUCCUCGAUCCCGGUGGAUUACAUCUUCCUGAUGGUGGACCUGGAAGCUCACCUGGACUCAGAGAUCUUCCACAUGACCUAUGACCUGGCCAGCGCGAUGGUGCGGAUCGUCAAUCUGAUCGGCAUGAUGCUGCUGCUGUGUCACUGGGAUGGAGCCAUGAACGACACGUGGGGCAUCCAAUACACGUAUGCACUGUUUAAGGCCAUGAGUCACAUGCUGUGCAUCGGUUACGGCGCUCAGGCUCCAGAGGGAAUGACAGACGUCUGGCUCACGAUGCUCAGCAUGAUCGUGGGUGCGACCUGCUACGCCAUGUUCAUCGGCCACGCCACGGCCCUCAUCCAGUCCCUGGACUCCUCACGCCGACAGUACCAGGAGAAGUAUAAGCAGGUGGAGCAGUACAUGUCAUUCCAUAAGCUUCCAGCAGAUGUCAGGCAGAAGAUCCACGAGUAUUAUGAACACCGAUACCAGGGCAAGAUGUUUGACGAGGAUAACAUUCUGGGAGAGCUAAGCGAGCCCUUAAAGGAGGAAAUUGUUAGCUUCAACUGCCGAUGCUUGGUGGCUAACAUGCCUCUCUUCGCUAACGCCGACCCAAACUUCGUAACAGCAGUGCUAACGAAGCUGAAGUUUGAGGUGUUCCAGCCCAAUGACUUCAUCAUUCGUGAGGGAACCGUUGGCCGUAAGAUGUAUUUCAUCCAGCAUGGACGGGUCAGUGUACUUACUCGUGGAAGCAAGGAGACCAAGCUCAGCGAUGGGUCAUACUUUGGAGAGAUCUGUCUGUUGACUCGUGGCAGGAGGACAGCUAGUGUCCGAGCAGAUACAUACUGUAGACUUUACUCCCUCAGUGUGGACAGUUUCAAUGAGGUUCUGGAAGAGCAUCCCAUGAUGAGACGGGCCUUCGAGACGGUGGCGGUGGACAGACUUGAUCGCAUCGGUAAGAAGAACUCGAUUUUGUUGCGCAAGACCUCACAGGGAGGAUCUGUAGCGGGCAGCAGUUUGGGACGGGGUGGAGGGAGCCGCGGAGGAGGAGCAGGAGGCGCCGGUAUGGGUUCUUGCGACAGUGUUCUGGUCCAGCAGAUCGUGAAGCACGAUAGCAUGCCUGCCAUGCAGGACAUCACCGCUGGCACCCGAGGCAGCACGGGAGGCACAGUCUCACCCCGACCUCAUCCGGUGAUCUGGGCACCUCUGGUCCAUGCUCCCCUCCAGACGGCCGCUGCUACCACCAACGUGGCCAUUGCCUUGAUGCAUCAGCAACAGCAGCAGCAACAGUUGCAGCAGCAGCUACAACAGCAACACGCCCUUGGAGCUGCCAUCUUCCUUCCCUCCGCUUUUCCCAUCUCACCAUCACCUUCACCCUGCCCGCUUUCUCCUAACCGUCCUCCCAUACUACACCCUCGGCAGUCGCUCAGCUCUCUCAUCAGCGUAAUGGGCGGGAUGCCCCCCCGAGGAGUCCUGUCCUCUGUAACUCCUACACCCUCGCCCUCCACUAUUGGACAGACCGCUGUGGGCGUGGCUCCUCCAGUGGGUGGAGUUGCAAAAACUCCUCCUAUGCCUGCGUCGUCAGUGCCCGCUCCCCUGCAGGUUGGAAGAACUCUUCAUUACAGUCUCCGCCUCCACACAGAACCCACAACAUCACCUGUCCAUAAAGUCCCGCCUCCCUCCUCAGCAGUUGCCCCACUGUCCGUUGAAGGGCGCAAUGUUGGCUCCGCUCCGCAGGGGGCCAAAGAGGCUUUGCUGCGUCAUGUUGGAGGAGGCAGCACCCAGGGCCUCCCCAUGAUUGGUCGGCUUACCCAGGAGGCCAGACUGCUCUCCGCCUCCCAGCCGACUCUCCCCCACCGCAGCUGGGCGAGCGUGCAACCUCACCCGCCUCUCCAUCGCAAAGCAUCCGGAGGAAACCUGCUUCCGGCACCCUUCGCUUUGUCAUCAGGACUUGCUAGAGGAGGAAGUGCAGGUGUUUUGAGCUCAAACGCGCCUGGUGCCACACAGGUGCCGACACAAACACCCCUGCUGUUGGCACACACACCUCCACUCACAUCAGCUCCAGGAUCAACUCCGUCACCCCUUGCCCCCUUUUCGUCCUCCCCGAAGCAAACCCCUCUUUUUUCCACCAACCCUCCUUUAUCCCUCGCGGCCACAUCUUCUGGUCUAGGGGUUCCUCAAACCCAGCGAGUCAAAGCAGGCACUGCGAUACCUACUCCUCCUUCAACCUCUCCUCCUCCUUGCCUACACCCUCCUUCUCCCUCUCAGUCCACCUCCACCUCUCCAACUUCAUCUUCCGGCACCUCUUUGGCUCAGAAUUCCCGUACCAAACCCUCUCAGACGCCUCCUCCACCGUCCCCAUUAUCCUGCACCACCAACUCAACGCCCACCAUCACUCCUUCUCAAACCCCCACCCCGACCCGAACCCCAACCCCCGUUCAAACCCCUAUUCAGACCCCCACCCAAUCUAGAACACUAGUGGCCAUCCAAACCCCAUCCCAGGGUCGGUGUCCAACUCCUGUCCAGAUCCCAGCAGCUGCACAAGCUCUGACCUCAACCUCCAUUCAGAGUCCGCUUCCCACUCAGACUCCAAGUAAACCUAUGAGUUCCACCAUGGGUCAGAGUGCUGCUGUCCAGAUGCCAGCCACUGUCCAUGUUCUUGGUCCUCCUUCGACUUGUUCUGCAGUCUCCAGUCAAACCCAAACCUCAACUACCAUACAGACUCCAAAUCCUUCCUGGACCCCAGGCUCUCCCAUCAAUACCGCAGCCCAAAGUGGACCGUCAACCCCUGUUCUGAACCAGUCGCAGACACAAGCCACACCUGCUAAAGCUACCGCUGCUGCUGCAUCAUCACCUUCUCCUUCAUCAACUCCAUCUCCAGCUGCUUCACAGCCACAGAAGCCCGCUGCUAGCCAGAGUCAGACCUUAAACGUUCUGUCCACUCCAACCUUAAGUCCAUCUCCCAUUCCUGCUUCCACUGCCUCCUCAUCUACAGUCCUCCAGCCCAUCUCCACUUCAACAAAAGAGGCAAAGAAAGAGCAGGACUUGCCUCAGACGCAGAGAGAUUCAGAGACAAAGACACAAAAAUAUCCUGCUAGCAUGUGAGGAGGGAGGUGUGCGCUGGACAGAGGCUCAUGUUUUGUCCGAGGUGAGUUUAGGAGAUGAGAUAUCACAAGUCAGCUGUAUCAGUUCAGGCUCUGCAGGUUCCAUGAGCAUGCUGUCUGCGUUCGACCCUCCCUGUGAUGGUCUGUAGUUAUGACCACGGGAAGGUUUAACAUCCCUGACUAAUCAACUAAUCACGGUAAAAACAGAAGAGCAGAACAUGUUUGGCUCAAAAGUAGAACUAGUGUGUCUGUGUUGUCCAAGUCAUCUGGGAAUGUCAGGUAGAAUAUUUUUGUAGUCCUGCUGAAAAGACCAGCUUGAAUUGCAGCGGUCUGACUGGUGAACCAAUGUAUUCAUGUUGAUCUCCAACAAAACAUGCUAGAUACAAUGGAUUCCAACCCUGUUCGUGGAGCCCCCAACACUGCACAUUCUGCAUGUUUCACAUCUGAUUCAGGUCAUCAGCUCUUUAGUAGAGACUCCAAGACCUGAAAUGGGUGUAUCGGACAAAGUAGACAUUGAAAAUGUGCAUUGUUUGGGGGCCUCCAGAAACAGAGUUAGGAACCACUGUGCUAGUGAAUGAGCAUGAUCUUUCGACAGAGCCCCUAAUGUGAUAUUUGCAGAAUAGAAACACUGGUCUUUUCAACAGGGAUCUGAUAAAUUAAUGCUUUUAAUCUUUCACAGAAUAGACGCACAUUCUUGCCAAAAAUGUCUUAAAGGGAAUGUAACUGCAAAACUGCCACCACCUUAAGAUGCAUUUGCACAGCCUUGUAAAGAUAAAAAAAAAAUUCAGAACAUCAGAGAAUGUUUUAUAAGAUCGACACUGUUCUAGCCAUGUAACAUCACCUC